CGGCCGCCACUUCCGGGUGGGCGGGGAGAGCGCCGGCCAUGGAGUCUCUCUCGAGGCUCAAGCGGUUCGACGCUUUCCCAAAGACUCUGGAAGACUUCCGCGUCAAGACCUGCGGAGGGGCGCUGGUGACUGUGAUAAGUGGCCUCAUCAUGUUCUUACUGUUCUUCUCAGAGCUCCAGUACUAUCUCACAAAGGAAGUUCACCCAGAAUUAUACGUUGACAAGUCACGAGGAGAUAAACUACGGAUAAACAUAGAUGUUGUCUUUCCACAUAUGCCAUGUGCUUAUUUGAGCAUUGAUGCGAUGGAUGUGGCUGGAGAGCAACAGUUAGAUGUCGAACACAAUCUCUUCAAGCAGCGCUUGGAUAAAGAUGGCAAGCAUGUGACUCCAGAGGCAGAGAGACAUGAGCUAGGAAAAGAAGAGGAGACGAUAUUUGAUCCAAACUCUUUAGAUCCUGACCGCUGUGAAAGCUGUUAUGGAGCAGAGUCUGAGGACAUAAAGUGCUGUAAUACUUGUGACGAUGUGCGAGAAGCAUAUAGGCGACGAGGCUGGGCCUUCAAAAAUCCAGAUACUAUAGAACAGUGCAAGAGGGAAGGAUUCAGCCAAAAAAUGCAAGAACAGAAAAAUGAAGGUUGCAAAGUGUAUGGAUUUCUAGAGGUUAAUAAAGUAGCUGGUAAUUUUCACUUUGCACCAGGAAAAAGCUUCCAGCAGUCUCAUGUUCAUGUGCACGCUGUUGAGAUUCAUGAUCUGCAGAGCUUUGGACUUGACAAUAUAAAUAUGACCCAUAUUAUCAAGCACCUUUCAUUUGGGAGAGAUUACCCUGGUAUUGUGAAUCCACUUGAUGGAACAGUGGUCACAGCUCAGCAAGCUUCCAUGAUGUUCCAGUACUUUGUAAAAGUAGUCCCUACAAUAUAUAUGAAGGUUGAUGGUGAGGUGGUCAGGACAAAUCAGUUUUCAGUAACUAGACAUGAAAAAAUAGCUAAUGGGCUGAUUGGAGACCAGGGUCUGCCUGGCGUAUUUGUGCUAUAUGAGCUUUCUCCAAUGAUGGUAAAACUAACAGAAAAACACAGGUCCUUUACACAUUUUCUCACAGGAGUCUGUGCCAUUAUUGGAGGAAUAUUUACAGUGGCAGGACUCAUUGACUCUUUAAUCUACCAUUCUGCACGGGUCAUUCAGAAAAAAAUAGAACUUGGAAAAACGACAUAAAAUAGUGUCUGCACACUCCUUAAAGAACUUGAAAGAAACAAAAACAUCAAUUUUUAGGCCAAUGUCUGAUAGCGUUCCAAGGGCAGAUUGCUGGAAUUUCAAGAAACACUGAAAAUAGUUCCUAGUUGGAACAAAUGAAAGAGGGCAUUAAUUUAUACAUCCAUCUUUUCUGGCAGUUAUCAAGACCAUAGAUUUCAGUACUUGCCUUAUACGUUGCCAUUUCUCUCAAUUUCUAGAUUCUGAAGCAAAGAGCAGUGAGCUCCAAAAUGUGAAACUCAAGACCUUUUACAUGUGGGAAAAAUAAUGUUUUGUAUUUAAUUUGUAUCCAGUGAUACUUUUAGGAUGUGUGUUUGGAAGAAUUUCUCAGGAAGAAGUUUUAAUAAAGACCCCUAAUAUUU